AUGAUGAUCUACACCUAUUCGGGCUUGUUCUGUGUAUUCAUCAACCCGUACAAACUUCUGCCAAUCUAUACGGAUUCGGUGGUUGCCAUGUACGUGAAUAAACGACGAACCGAAAUGCCACCACAUCUCUUCGCCAUCUCCGAUGAGGCCUACAGAAAUAUGGUGACCGACCACGAAAACCAAUCGAUGUUGAUCACUGGCGAAUCCGGUGCUGGGAAAACGGAGAACACAAAGAAAGUAAUCGCGUAUUUCGCAAAAAUCGGAGCACCGACGAAGAAAGUAACGGAAAAGAAGGCCGUACGAUUUGAGAACAUACCAGAAGCUUCACUAGAAAAUCAGGUGGUGCAAGCGAACCCGGCCAUUGAGGCUUUUGGUAACGGAGCGACAGUAAGGUGA